AUGUCGAAAACAGAAGAUGUUGACGAAUACGAUGUAUACGACCUCAAGGAGUUCGACGAUGCCGAGUUGUGUGCGCUGGAUCUGCUCCUUGCGCCGUCCACACAGACAGAGUCCCAACAAAGCGGGCCACCCCACGAGCCCGACGAAUACGAAGCGUACGACUUUUCAGAGUUCUCAGCGGAAGAUUUUGCACACAUCGACGUGCUCUGCCUCGCCGGCGCCCCCAGCGGAGGUCCUCGUGUCGCCAUCGAGGUAGAGGGCAUCGCUGACUAUUGUUCUGUGAAGGGAAUCGCGAAUAAGGCACAGAGCGCACCGACGAGUCCUUUUGAGCAGUUCAGGAGGCGCCCUUGGCUGUCAGUGACAGACCUGGUCGGUCCUGCUUGGUGCGAAGUCCAAUACGACUAUGGGCUUCGGCAAGGGCGAAAGAAAAAACUGCAGGAUAGGCCAGCGUCAUUCGUCACUGCCCAAGGCAAGACCAUCAAAGUCAAUCAGAACACGGCGAAGAAACGGGAUAACACUAUGCAAAAAGGCAAGUCAAUACACAAGGCCCUGGAGCGCGAAAUUCGACCGGAGGAAAUUCAAAUUGCAACGAAAACGCGGGAAGAACGCUGGGCUCUGCGGACGAUGAACAUGAUCUUGUGCUUACAUGAUCUCAUGGAGAAAGGAUUCUGUCGUGAGAUGGAUGUUUUCGGUGUCAUCCACGGCGAGCCCGUUAUUGGUAUCGUUGACGAAAUUGUCCGAAGGCCUAUCGGCGCGGAGGCAAACAAUGGGACCCCGCUUCGCAGUCCAAAUCAACGCUGCUCUCCGUCGACUCCUUCGAAGUCCAAGAAGAGGCACAGUCGCAGGACACCUUCGCUGUCGCAAGCUCAAAUCUCCACGUUUUUCCAAAUCUCACAAGCUACGAGUGGGCGAGCAGAGGAUUCCAGCGCCAAUGUGCAGGUUGCGAAUGAAACACCGUCGUUCACCCUCCAUCUUUCAGAUACCAAGACGCGCCGCUCGCCAACCCUCCCGUCGGAGCAUGAUGCACUGCAAUCGCGUCUGCAGCUCAUGAUAUACCACCGACUUCUCAGCAACAUGGUUGCUUCACCAGCAGUCCCGGGCGUUCUCGCCGUCCAGCCACUUGACUUCGCUUUGCUAUGGGAGAAAUUUGGCUUGGAUCCCAUGCGCCCAUUCUCAGAAAUAUUUAUGCAAGGGGCCAGUUUGCUGCUCGAUGCUGAGUAUGCGAGUGGGCAUAGUAAUGCGCCUAUCAUCAGCUGUCUUGAUGACCUCACUGCGCUCUGGAUGCACACCGUGGAGGCGCUGGACGUUAACGGCGUCGACAGUACGAUGGAGCUAAUCUACAGGUUGCAGGGUAGCAAGAAGGGCAAGGGAGGACGUGGUGGCAAAGAGAAAGAACGGAAAGUAGACGCGGACCUUGCGCCAGCGUUGCAAGCGAGUUUGAAUCAGACCCCUAUCCUUUUCGAAGGCGGCGAUGAUGCGCUGGCUCGGGCCAUCGCCGAGAGCUUGAAGGACUCCGUCGACGGAGGGCGUGCAGCGGACUGCGACAUGGGCAUCCUGACACAACCAGGUCGGUCACCGGACGUUGCUACGAGGGCGCAGCCGGAUCCCCUUCAACGUGACCUGCACGGGGGAAAGCCAUUAUUGACACUUCUAGAGGAAAUUCUCUCAUCGAACUCUUCCAAGCGCCGUAGGGAACCUGCCGCUGAGGCGGUCCCUCAUAUUGAUACCGCUGCAGAGUCUACCGUUUUAGAUGUUGCCGUCAACGACACCGUGGAGGGCACCGCUGUUGACACCGACAGUGGUGCGGAGGGUACAUCGGUGGAUGGCGAGAACGAGACCAGCGAUGGCGAAAAGACGCCCAUCUCAGGGGCCGAGCUUCAUGAGAAAGCGCACAUCCUCGGCUCGAGGGAGUUUGUUAUGGACAAUGACCUGUUGGAUGGGUACUUGACCGGUGUCCUGCAGUGGUGGCACGGCGAGCGACCGCCGCACGGCGUGGAAAUCGAGGACACGGGGCGCUGUUGGUCAUGUGAGUACAAAGAGGGAUGCGAGUGGAGAGAGAAGAAGGCUUUAGAACUACCUCAGGAGAGGCGCUCUCCAGAGCGAGGUGGUUGA